GCCAUGCGGCAAUAUUACAUGCUACCUAUAAAGUAAAUGAGUGAAAAGUGAACUUAUUGAACUAAUGAAGCUAAAUUUUUUUAUUUUCAUUGAGUGAUUAAAGUUUAAGCAUUUAUUUUUUUGGGUUCUAUUAUUAUAAUCCAUCAUCGAUAAUCAAUCUUACAAAAAUUACAAAAUAUGACCGCACAUUUCUGAUGUACUACCUAUCCUAUAUUAUUGUUGUUUGAUUUUUAAAAAAUUAUGGAAUCAAAAAAUAGAUUGGGCUCCUGCGAGGUGUGCGACAGUGACGUUGCUAAAUACUGCUGCCCAAGGUGUGAAGUGAAAACUUGUAGUUUAUCAUGUGUAAAAAUUCACAAGAAAGAAUUAGAUUGUGAUGGCAAGAAAUACAAAACAGGGUUUAAAAGAUUAGAAAACUUUACUGACGCAGAAAUGAGUCAAGAUUAUAGACUUAUGAAUGAGUUUAUUGAAGCUGUUGGAGAGUUUAAAAUGAAAACUCAACGUAUAUCAAAUUUAUCUCCAGUAUUUCGAAGAUUACGAUAUCAAGCAUAUCAACGACACAUACGCUUACAGAUUUUACCUAAAUCUACUUUGAACAAAAAUAAUACCUCUUUUUUUAAUCCUAAAAUUAAUAAAAUCUUUUGGCGUAUAGAUUGGACAUUUCAUGGCAUAGACGUAAAAUACACAACCCACAAAGUUCCAGAGUAUCAAAAAAUAAAUAAUAUAGUUAGAAACUAUUUCACGACAGAGUUUCAUGAUGAUGAAGUAAAAGAAAAAAUGCAGUUUUAUAUUUCAGCUGGAAUCAAAGGUGUUAUUUUUUUAAUGAAAACACCAUAUGGAAAAUAUUAUCAACUUGAUUCUGAGGACUCAAUAUUGUAUAGCUUAAGAUAUAAAACAAUUCUAGAAUACCCAGAAAUAUUAAUUGUUUUAUCUAUUCAUAAAGACACAUUUAGUGAUCUUCUUUAUGUUGAGAAUUCAACUUUUAAUAACAAUAAAUCAACAAUUGUGUAGCAUUUAAUAAAUUGUUAAACAUUACCUGGAUAAACUAAAAGACUAUUGUUUUUUUGUAAUUA